AUACAAACGAAUACUCCUUCGAUUUUUGUUCUGGGCUGCUCUGCGUCUUCACGGCAUUUAUAAACUUGUGAUAACAACGUCACAUGUGUAGAAUCUGCCCCUCAUUAAGCGACAUAAGUUGGCGUUGACCUGAUGUUAUUUACAGACAAUUAUGGUAAACUUUCAAUUAGGUGACGUAAACUGAAACUGGAAUGUUUAAUGCAUGCUAUCCUCAAUGUGUGUUUGUUUUUCCUUCGACAGCACCGAGGGCCUCCUGGUUUUCGUGCCUCUACGGCGAGGAAUCCAUUGACAAGGGCACGGGAAACUACACAGAAAAAAAUAUAUACACAGCAAUCACCGAGAGUACCAAACGGUGGCAGUAUUUCCUACCCCACCCAGGACGCCCAGAACCAAGCUCACUGGCAAAGCUCGCUCAAUUAUCUCUACGAUGUGCAAAGAGCCCAUGAAUACGAAGCCGAGAACGAGGUUCACUCGUUGACAGAGUCACUGGAUCGCUCUGAACCAUAUCACAGAAAAGCUGGGCUGAAAUUGUCACGAAGGAAGAAAGUUAUCGAUAAUCCUAAGGUUACAGGUCAGUUGACGAUAGGAGACCGGACAUUCACAGUUGCUGAGUUCACCGCGGCGGCGGCUGCCAGAGCAACCACCAGGCGAAAAAUAGCGUCGUCUAAAUAG